CUCACUCCAAACAGCUAGCAGUUAGCUAACAGCUAGCUACCGUUAGCUAGUCAGUAUCCAGCAGCAGUCGUAGCGCAGAGACACCCGUGCUCCGUCCACAUACCAAUGACAGAGACACUAAACUUACAGAUAUGCGCCUGGACAUUGACUGAUAUAUUUUUCUGUUUUUAUCGCUAAAGCUCUGUGAAGCUAUCUCUGAUCUGAAAAGCGCUGUAACUUAACUCUCGGCUAUGGAUCCUGAAAGACAGAAACGAAGAGAGGAAAUUCAGAAAGCCAUGAGCUUUAUUCAGUCAUCAUUGCCUUUCCCAGAGCCAGAGAGUUAUGAGGCAUUUCUGACCCAGUUGGUGUGUAACUUGCUGGACGAGGGCAAUUCCUGCUUUCGAGAUGGAGACUGUCGUCAGGCGACCCAACAGUAUGGGGAGGGGAUCAGUGUUGCCCGCUACGCUCAGGCUGAGGCCCUAGUCAUCCCCAGCGAGCUGCUGGAGAGCCUGUAUGUCAACAGGGCUGCUGCCUGCUACCAGACGAGGGAGUUUGAGCGUGGUGUUCAGGACUGCGACAGUGCACUGUGUGUGUCAGAAGGCAGUCGCAGGGCUUUGUACCGCAAAGCGAUCUGUCUGAGGGAGUUGGGACGUCUCAGAGAAGCCUACGAAUGUGGAACCAAAUGUCUCCUCACAGCACCACAUGACAGGCAGGUGACUGAACUGGCUCAGGAUCUGGCCACUAAACUGGGCCUGAAGGGCCGUAAGGCUUACGUCAGCCCACAGACGGAGUCCACGGCCACAGAAGGGGAGAAUCACGGAGAGACUUCCCCACCCACAGGAGAGAUGUCCUCCAAUGGGCUGGAAUCUCUGGGUGACAUUGGACCAGCAGACCUGGCUAACGCACAGUGUAUCCCUGCUCCCUUGGCCACACCCAUCCCAGUCAGCGAUGACCCAGCGUCCACUGUGGUGACCCCAUGCACUGACCUGUCAGAGAGCCCCAGCAGCCAGGGCCUGCCUCCCAUGCCGUACUCCGUCCCUGUAUCGGAGCACAUGGAUGAAUGCAGCAGCAGCGUCAUGAAGGACGAGCUAGACAGUCUGCUGGAGUGCAUCCCCAAGAAAGUCAGUGAGAGUCCAGUUCAGGGUGCUAUCCCAACCAACCUCCCCAACACAGCGGUGGGUCUCCGGCCUCCGUACUCCCCAAGCCUUCCAGCCCCGACACCCCAGCUGCCCCCAGCCUUCUUCAGCUCCUCCAUCGGUGACAUGCCCACUCUGGAGCCCUACCCGCAGCUGGCCCAGCGGGACCAGGGCUCUACCCAGGCGCAGGACGCACUGGGAGGCUUCCCCACAGAUGGAGAAGGGAAGUCAGGAGUCGCUGCUGGCGGGCUGGAUUCGUUGUCUGAGUACACUCUCCCUGGGGGACGAGUGUGUCACAGCUUCAUCCCUGGAAUGCGCAACCACAGUGCUGCACAUGCAAAUGGUCCAGCUGGAACCAACCUGUCCCUGCUCUCCAGGAAUCCUCUGGCAGCCACACACGAGUUCCGGCAGGCCUGUCAUGCCUGUUACAGCCGAAUAGGUCCACGAGUGAUGGACUACAAGUAUCAGCCAGAGGCAGCACACCGCUGCAAGAGGGAUGUGCUGCUGUGCCGCCUCAAAAACACAGAUGACCCCACCUGGAAGAGGAUUCGGCCAAGGCCUGCACGGAACAACUUCCUGGGGGCAUUUGUACUCUGUAAAGAGGUGCAAGAGCGUCAGGAGUGCCAGUAUGGGGAGAACUGUACGUUCGCUUACUGCCAGGAAGAGAUUGAUGUGUGGACCCAGGAGAGGAAGGGAGCCCUGAGCCGGGAGCUGCUGUUUGACCCGCUGGGCAGCACAGAGAGACGGGCGCUCAGCGUCACCAGACUGCUGCAGCUCCACAUGGGCAUGUUCAUGUUCCUCUGUGAGGAAUGUUUUGACAGUAAGCCUCGCAUCAUCAGCAAACGCAGCAAAGAAAACUUAGCAGUCUGCUCAAACCUCACAGCUCGACACCCGUUCGACGACAACAAGUGCCUGGUGCACGUGGUGAGGUCAGCCAAUGUGCGCUACAGUAAGGUGCGUCCCCUGCACCCUCUCUGCCAGUUUGACGUGUGUCGCCACGAGGUUCGCUACGGCUGCCAGCGUGAGGACAGCUGCUCCUUUGCUCACUCUGUCAUAGAGCUCAAAUGCUGGGUCCUGCAGCAGGAUACUGGUAUCACCCAUGAAGAGAUGGUGCAGGAGUCCAAGAGACACUGGCAAAGGCUGGAGCAGAACGCACAGAAGCAGCAGAAGCCUAUCCAUAUUCCCCAUCCGAGCAGCAGCAUACCUGCAGGAGGAGUAGGAGGAAUGGGAGGUGGGGGUGGAGGAGUCGGUGGAGAAGGCAUGGGUGGGGGUGGUGUGGGCCCAGUGAGCGGGUUGGGUGUGGGAGGGUUAGGAGCAGGGAUUGGCCGAGGACGCCCCCUCAACCUGAAAAUGAAGUUUGUGUGCGGGCAGUGCUGGAGGGAAGGGCAGGUCAAUGAGCCCGACAAGAACCUCAAGUACUGCACUGCCAAAGCACGGCACAGCUGGACCAAGGAGCGUCGGGUCCUGCUGGUGAAAUCUUUCGAGAAGAAGAAGUGGGUUGUCGUUCGGCCUCUGCCUUUCUCCCGCACCUAUCCACAGCAAUAUGACAUGUGUGUGCAUGUGAUGAAGCAGAAGAAGUGCCACUAUAUUGGGAACUGCUCAUUUGCUCACAGUCUGGAGGAGAGGGACGUCUGGACGUACAUGAAGAACAACAGCUUGAGAGACAUGCAACAGAUGUACGAACUGUGGCUGCAGCUCACCAAUCAGAGUAGACGCACAGAUAGCUCUGCAGUGACCCCGCCCCCAGAAGACAAGCAGGUCACCAUAACAGCAGAUUACACAGAAGGCAUGGGAGGCCGACGGUUGUCAGACGGGGACGAUCUCUGAGUGUAGCUGUGUUGACUCGAGGCAGCUGAUUGCUACUGAGCUGCAGACAAAGAGACGGGCCUGCCACACCAGCUACAACUGAACAGUCUGUCAUCUCACCAGUCUGACCUCCUCUAACAUCUAGCCAGCAGUGUGAGAACAGAUGGACACACGAUGAAAGGGUCGACCCCACCACCACAUUAAUACACACACACAUACACACAGCACAUGAUGCACAAAUCACAGGCACCGCUUAACACAGAGAGAGCUUUGUAAGUGAAAAUACAGGACUUGGAUUUGUGUUUUACUGUCAUUCUGCAGUUACACUCAGCACAUUUAGGUUCCCCUUCAGCAGAUUAUACCACAGAAAUUCCACAGACAACUAGUUUUGCUCUGACUAAAAUAAUCACCUAGUUUCCCUAGUGCUCUUUGGACUGAGUAUCUGUGUCCACCACCACCUCUUUUUAAAAACAAAAUCCUCACAGCACUGAAACAAUUCUUGUGGGCGCGCUGGUCGCAGCUCUUAAAUCUUGCUUGGUGAUAAUUUAAGAAAUGAAUUGAAGCUUGGUACUCAUACGCUAAAAGUUGAAAUUUUAACUUUGGAGUGCCAGAAACACCAAGCCCACAGUGCUGGCGAUGGCAACAGAGACUUAACCUAUGAAGCAUUGUAAAAAGAGGUUGUUGGUGGACACAAGUCGUUAAGCUGCAUAACAACCAAAUCCUCCUCUCCUUCCUUGGUGAGAAUAUUGCGAGAGGGUCAAAAUAACUUACCUGAGAUUAAUAAUUUAGAGCAUAAUUUUUUUGUUUUAAGGGGAGUUGUACUUCCCUGUUAUAUUGUCUGCCAUAUUGGUAGAAUGCUAUGAAUGUAAUGCCUGCAAGGGCCUUUAAAACUAGGAAAUUAGUCAUUUAAAACGUUGCUGUGGUUGUGGAAUGUAUGAAAGUAUACUUAACAUGCCCCAAAACAAACUUGUGUAACACGACAGCCCCCCCCCCCAAACACCUCUCCCCCAGGUGUGAAGGCCUAUUGAUAGCUGGAUAUGUAAUCAAACCAAGCGACCCUGCAUGGGACCCGCAGAGACACGCACACACACUCACAUAAUAACCUUGUAGUUGCUGUCAGCUGACGUCCAGGUGACUCAAAACAUGCUUGAAUGUCAGCUCCUCUCAGGUUGACAUAAACACCUGUGGCUAAAGUACACAUGGCUAAUGGCUCAGAGCAGCUGUUGCCAAAGCGACCAUCAUGUACUUGAAACUAUUGGUAAGGAGUUGGCAGGUGUGAAGCUGGUGUAGGAGUCAGAGCAGUGACUGCAGUGUAUGAACAGUCCUUGCUAGAGUGGCUCUCAGCAUUAGAUCAGUUCAGACCGCAGAUGCCCAUUAAAAAAUGAUGACCUCACUUGGACUGAAGCAUAGUGAAAAUACUGCCCGUGAAGACGACUUUAGUUGUGGGAAGAAAAAGAUGAGUUUUGUAAUAGUUAAGAGAAAAAAAAGAUAAUAAACAGAGGACAAAUCUGUGAGAAAAUAACUAAUGAAAGAAAAGCAGGAUUAUUAAGAAUGUAUUUUUCUAUAGUUGAUUGUGAGAAGAUAUUUAAGAUAUGUUAAAAGUAAGGGCAAGUCGCCAUUUCUUCACUUGAACUGGGGUCAUCAUUUCACUGAAAACCAACCGCGCCCCCACGGCCUUCAAACGGAAACCCGUGUUCCUCAUAUGCAUCCAGACGUUGCGUUCCUGACAGCUAACAGUAGCUCCUAAUAUUAACCUUUUCAUGACGGGGAACCUGCUAGUCUGAGGCAGGGGAACUAUGCUCACCACAUAUUGUGCCUAGAAACAACACAUCAACAUGCAACACCAACACACACACACACACACACACACACACACACAAAAACGUGUACACACACAGAGGCAGGAUAUCUGUUGCCAUCUUAUUCUAGCCUUUAAUGCGGAUGGAGACACAAUGGAGGUAUGUUUAUAUUCAGAUACGUAUACACACAUAUUAUACAUAUUUACAAAUAAUGGUAUACUACUAAUAAUAAUUGAUAACUUAGCGGUUAAGCUUAAUAAAUAUAUAACCUGAAAACCUGUAUUGAUUACAUAGAAGAACUUCUUGUUAUUGAGGUAUUGCUAUAUGACAUGUAUCGCUGAACUAGAUGACUAUAGUGAUUUUUUUUUUUUUUAAAUGAUCCUUUUUAUUUUGUAAUUUUCCUUCUGUGUGGGUUGUUCCAGACAGGGUUUGUAUGGAGGGGUUGAAGCAGAUUGAUUUUUAAGGCUGAAUGUGUUGCAGUAGGGUUAAACCUUUAGGCUGAGAGCAGAGGGGAAGAAAUGGAGCGACUCGCCCAACUUUAGAGGGUAUUUUUUUCGUUGUUCACAAGUCCAGCAGCUGAACUGGAUGUACACAUUAUGGCAUGCUCCUGUUCUGCAACACAUUUCUGUGAAGCUGCAAUUUAUAUUUGAAGUAUUCAUCUAAUUUUCCUGUCCGGAGUGACCUCGGCUCACGCUUAAAUCAACAAAUGGCUUCAAUUCCCAACAUACUGACAUUAAACUCAUCCUGAACACCAUGGCUAACUGGAGCAGACGUUUAAAAAGUGUUAAAAAGAAAGCAAAGAUCUUAAACCACAGUAUAUGGGUGUUUUGUGAUGUUCCAUUGUGUCUGCAGUUAGUGAAUAAAUAGAAAAUAGAGAAAUGAUUGACACCAAAAGCUGCAGUGUCUUAAUUAUCCAGCUGUUAAAAACUGACUUUAUGCCUGAUCAGUUUAGACGGACAGCCCCAGCUUAGGCUGAGCCUAAAAGCAGAUCUCAGGUCAGUGUUGUUGGUCACUCAGCAGCAGUUUUUGGGGGAUUGUCGAUGACGAGCCCUGGUCUGGAACAGCCCCUGGUAUUAGCUUCUUCAAGGGAUCGUAUUACUACUACUCCUAGUAUUAUGAUGAAUAUGAUGACGAUAAUGAUUGCUAUCUAUUGACUAUUUCUAUUUCUUCUCUAUAUGCUAUUGAUAUAUGUAUGUUAAUUGCAAUGUAUAACUCUCUUUAUAUAUGUAUCCAUGUAUGAAUAUAAUAAUUAACAGUAAAUAUGCAUCUGUGUAUGCAGCGGUGCACAGCUCUGUCUGGGAGGCAGUGAGCAGAAGACAUCCAAUGUGAGGCUCCUGAGUUUUUAACCCUACAGGUGUCGACAGCCACCUGUAGGCUGUCAGUAGUAGAAGACAUUUCACAUAGUACAGUAGACCUGCUCUUUAUUAAUGUUGUCUGAGCUCUGUUUGUAAGCGUCGGGAUUAUUUGGGCACUGGCCAGAGAAAAAAAAGAAGAUAGUGGAUUCAAGUUGACACAAUAUAUAUAUAUAUAUAUAUACAUACAGUUUACUGUCUCCCCUUUGUCUCAGUGUUGAUAAGAUCAACAGAGCUCGCUGCUCACUGCCUGUGCUGUGCGCUUUUGUUUAAAUUGAUACACCAGGCAAAGACAGAUCUGGAAACAAAAGCAUACAUAGUAGCCUAUAUACUCCCGUAUAGCGCCUUAUUCGAUAUACUACACCUAUAAGAUGAUACAUACCCCUAUUGUAUAAUCCUGCUUACUAUAUACAGUAUAUGAUACCUGAUACCUAUUAUAAUACUUAGACACCCUUAUAAGGUAAUUUAGAUAAGAGAUGGUGGAGCUGUUUUUUUCUUUCUGUGGCUGUGGAAGAGUUUGCUGUGGUCAGUAACGUGUACCCAUCUUGUUAUUAGGAGAGUGCCACACACUCAAAUGCUCUCUUUCAUUCAAUUGUUGUCCAUUCAGGAUAUUUGCAAAGUAGCCGGAAUUGAAAAUGAACAUCAGUCUUAAUUUUGGUAAACAACUGAAAGAUGGAAUUUGAUUUUAAAAUUCCAUUUUGUGACAUUUAACCGUGAAUAUGGCAGCCAUUUUUAAAUGUAUUGGCCAGUGUUACAAGUGGACAAAAUUGGUACAUUCAUGAUUGAAUUCCUGCCUUUAAAGACACGUUGGGAGUAAAUCGUUAGAGCCACACAAAAAAGGCAGAGCAUUUGAGGGAAGGCUCCUCUUCCAUUGUCGGAGAAAGGCACUAAUGAUGUAACUGAAUUGCACAGAAAAUUAGUGGAACCUGUGCUGCAUGUUCAAGUGUGUGUGCUGUUGAAGGCAGGCGAAUCAUGACACAAACUUAAGUGAAGCAGGUUUCAGCAACUUUGUGCACACAUAAUAAAUCUUGCACAGUAGUUUUACACAGUAACUCCGAUUUUCCGUUGUAAGCAAACUCACAGUGCAACUCAGUCACCUUACCAAUUACAGCUGAUUGCUGUUCAUGCUGAACAGGUAAGGGAGCCAGUUCAUUAGAUCUGAAGUUUGCUAGGCAGGAGUACUUUGACCCUGGUGCCAAAAUCCCUGCAUGAGUCUAUUUAUGAUAAAACAAUCCAAUUUGCACAUUGACUACAAUUAUUGUAUUUUCACAUCUUGCUGGUCCUGCAUAACAAGAUUAAUGCUAUGGACCAAUCAAAGCUAUGUAGAGACUGUGUUGGAGAUCAUGCUGCAACCAAGACAACAACCACCUCUCACUUCAAAAGGCUCUUUACGUAAUAAGUUUGUGUAGCGUACUUCGACCCUGGUGCCAAAAUCACAUUGACAACAUUCCUCUUAUUUUUUAACGUCUUCCUGGUCUUGCAUAGCACGAUUGAUGCUUUGCAUCAGUCAGAACCAACUAGAGAUAGUGUUCGGAGUUAUAAUUCAACCCAUAAAAGGAUCCUUUUACUUCAAAAGAGUCUUUAUGUAAUAAUUGGAUGAUUUUGGUGGAUUAACUGAUGUCUAGAAUUUUCUGUUUUACAUCCUUUUCAACAUGAAUGGCAGCAAUUAAUGCUUAGCAAACUUGAUUAUAUUAUGCUUUGUAUUACUCAUGCUAACAUUAUUUACAGUGGCUGUGGUACAAGAUGUGCAGGCUCUCUCAUUGCCUUUCGUUCCAUUAUUCACCUAGUGUUAUUCUCCCUGUGUGUAAGCACACAGUUGCGGCGGCAUUUUAGUUAUCAUGCCCUCCUGCCUCCCCAAUAUACAGUUUGUGUCAUUUGAUUCCCAGCAGCAACACACACCGACACAGCCACACAAAAAAAUCUUAAUUUAUCGGUUUUCAAUCAGUUAGAAUCUAUUGGUUAUUUGAAUUGUUUAACAACUCUGAUGGAAAGAAACCAGGGUUGUAAGAAGUGGAAAAAACAAGGCCUCUUUUUGUACUGUAUUUUUACAUUUCGUUGUUUUAUUGUUUUAUCUCCUUGACUUUGUUUUCUCUUUUCUCCUCCCUGGUUGGAAGUUCAUGAUCUCAUUAAGUGGACCAAAUCUCUUGAAAGCAUUUAAUAAACCGACUGUUUUAGAAAAAAAAA